CAGUUCAUCAAGAGCGAUCAUAACGAACACAAGAGCGAACACAAGCAAAUAACAAAAACAACAAAACAAAAUGUUCAAGAUCCUCGCCCUCAUUGCCUGUCUGGCUAUCGUCGCCUCGGCCCAGUACCAUGGAGUGCCCGAGCACAAGGAUUACCACGAUCAUCCCAAGUACAAGUUCGAGUAUGGCGUAAAGGAUCCCCACACCGGUGACCACAAGACCCAGUGGGAAGUGCGCGAUGGCGAUGUCGUCAAGGGACAGUACACGCUGCACGAGGCCGACGGUACCGAGCGCGUGGUUGACUACAAGUCGGACGGUCACAACGGAUUCGAGGCUGAUGUCAAGAAGGUCGGACAUGCCCACCACCCGAGCCAUCCGGUCCAUGCUCCAGUCCAUCAUGCCCCAACUCACGCUCCAGUGCAUGUGCCGGAGCAUCAUGUCCACCACGGAUACUCGGGCGCCAGCUACGUCAACGUCGAUAAGCACUACCAUCUCAACUACUUCAAACCAUUCAUAAUGUUCAAGAUCCUCGCUCUCAUUGCCUGUCUGGCUAUCGUCGCCUCGGCCCAGUACCAUGGAGUGCCCGAGCACAAGGAUUACCACGAUCAUCCCAAGUACAAGUUUGAGUAUGGCGUAAAGGAUCCCCACACCGGUGACCACAAGACCCAGUGGGAAGUGCGCGAUGGCGAUGUCGUCAAGGGACAGUACACGCUGCACGAGGCCGACGGUACCGAGCGCGUGGUUGACUACAAGUCGGACGGUCACAACGGAUUCGAGGCUGAUGUCAAGAAGGUCGGACAUGCCCACCACCCGAGCCAUCCGGUCAAUGCACCAGUCCAUCAUGCCCCAACUCACGCCCCAGUGCAUGUGCCGGAGCAUCAUGUCCACCACGGAUACUCGGGUGCCAGCUACGUCAACGUCGAUAAGCACUACUAAGUGAUUACCACCGGAACGCAAACGAACCAAACCAAAAUGUGAUUUAAUAAACAAAAAGCAACGCAGUUGGAACAUGCA